UGAGAAAGAGCCUCCCCCCACAGCCCUUACUGUAAUAGUUAAGCGCUAUUAUGACCACCUUAGAAAAGAAAACAGUCGGGAGAGCGGGCGGAGGCCAGAUGAGUUCCGGAAAGCGGCCGAACAGAUGCCAGGCGGGGGAUUAGAGAGACCAGCAAAGCUCCAGGCAGCUUCUGUGACUGGCUCAGCGAAACGUCUCUCAACUCCCCGCCGCCCCCGCCCUCGCCCUCCUCCGCCGCCUUAUAAGCGCGUUCGGAGGCUGGUUGGCCAGACUUGAACUGAGCCGUCACUGGAAACCAGGGCUCGUUCUCUGUCUCGCGCGCGCACGCUCCGAACCGGUUACCGGGCUGGAGCGCCGCGGUGGGGAGCGGCGCGCGUUUCCCGGAGCGCUGGUGGGCAGGACCGGGGCUACGGGGGCCUCGCUCUACGCCUGGAGCAGAAGCGCCCGACGCCCCGAGGGCGCGCAUCUCCAUCGGGGCCCCAAAGCACCGACGCGGUUCCUCCCUCCCUCCCUCCCUCCUCGCUAAGCCUUAAUGCCCGGCUGCGGGACUGCGCCUCCUGCUGUCGGAGCCCUGAGGGCGCCUAGAGGAGUCGAGGAGGCUGCCAAGCCGGCGGAAGUGGCGGCGGCGGCAGCGCCUCCAGCGAGCAGCCAGGAGCUGGAAGUGCGCGCCGCCGCCUCCUCCUCCUCGUCUUCGCUACCCGCGGCGGUGCGGGGCGCGCUGGAGCUGGCGGAAGCCCGGCGACGGCUGCUGGAGGCGGAGGGGCGGCGGCACCUGGUCUCGGAGCUGGAGACCCGCGUCCAGCACCUGCACCGCGUCUUCCUCGAGGCCGAGCUGCGCAUGGCUACCCGCGCCGAGACGGUCGGCCGCCUGGGCAGCGGCGUGGCGCAGGCCGAGCUGCACCUGACGGCGCACGGGCAGCGCCUGAAGAAGAGCGCGCGGCGCUACAAGACCCGCCCGCCCGCCCUGCUGGCCUCGGCGCUGGCCCUGAGCAGCUGCGUGCCUUGGGCGGCCUGCCGGAUGCGGCGAGGGGGCGGCCCGGAGCCACCGGAAUCCCCGUUCCGGAGGAGUUUGCAGGGCGCGACGUCUUUGAGCCAGACGGAGCCCUUAUCCGGCGCGGAGCAGCGGAAGAGCAGCGGCGCCGCUUCUUGAGCGUCCCCGGCGGGCCGCAGCCGGGCAGGGAAGGACGCGGAGCGCGCAAGAGCUGGGAGGACGGCGGGAUCGCGGCCGAAUCCCGACCGGGAGGGGGAAAGGGAGGCUGGUGGAAGUGGGAACCGUGCGGCGGCAGCUCUUCCUCCCUUCGAUGCGCGUGACUCUCGCCGCAUUAACCGGCGGCCGCUCCUCUGCCCAUCUCCCGCGGACUGGCUUUCGCCCAGCCUGUUAGACUUUGCUAAACUCGGAUUUGAUAGAUAGGGGUUCAGCCACAGCUUUGGUUUAUGCUACGCAUCAAGCCAACAUCUAGUUAUUUGGGCAUGGCUUGUUAUAUGAAUUCUGCAAUUGGCAUUUGGUUGACUCACGGUUGUUGGAGACGUGUUUUGUAACCCAGUGUGUUAUCUGACAGAAUGCAGGGACAUCAGUAAUUUUCCUAUCACUAUAAAUUAUAGAAUUAUUUAUUUGAAAUUAAUGCCCUGAAAUGCAGAGCAUAUAUUUUAGAGAGAGAGAAAAAAAUCCUUUCAGACUUUCUAAAACAGGAUGGAAUGCUGAAGAAGCCUUGUACUUACUUUCCUUUUAAAAUAUGCCAAUUAUUUUUCAAUAUAAUCCUUUUUAAAUAAUAAGAUUGAAAUUCCUGUUGUAUCUAGAAUUUCUAAAUAGAGUACAUGCUUGCCAGCUGAAUGUUCAUCUGCCUAGCUUAAUACUAUUUCAAUCAUUUUUGCAAUAUUCUGUACUUGAGUUAACAUUUUUAAUGCAGAGGACAGUAAAGCAGUAAUCACAAUUUUUUUUUUUUUAAAAAGCUAGAUCGGUUGGGUAUGUUGUCAACUUUAUCUGGUGUUCUAUGAACAAACUUAAAACUAACAUACGCCCUAAAAUUAGUUCAAGCAUAUACAAAAUGUUUUAGUAAAUUGAUCUCUCUCUCUCUCUUCCCCCCCCCCCUUCACACACACAGUUCUCUAGUAGCUUCUGAAGUGCAAAGAUUGGAAGCAGCCCAGAGAAAGUGGAUUGUGCACUGAGUUGGUUUGAUAAGGUCAGCCUUGUUUCCAAUCAGCAGGGCAGUAGUUGCUUUGAUCUUUAUCUCUUCAAACUCUUUAGUCCAUCCUUCUCUGACACAUUGUUCAGCAUCAGUUCUCUGAAUCCCUAAUCACCAAGGCCACUGGGGAAGGUUGCUUGACUCAGUGGGGAUCCAGGGAGAAGAAAUAUGAUACUAAUGGAUUUCUAGGUAGCCUGGAAGACCAGAAAGAGCUUUGUGUUUCUGCCAGCUUUUUAAAGCAAGGAAUAGCUUACAUGAUGCCUUCAGACCCUUAUGUGCUGCUAAACACCAUAGGUUUCUCUGUAUAACUGAGAAAUUGAUGUGCACGGGCAGAAUUGAGUGAUUAGGGCUCUUUGUUCUUUGCAUUUUCAAUACAAGUUUCUUGGUCAUUUGAAUUCAUGCGGUGUGUUAAUCUGAAACACAAUAUGCAGCAAAUGUAACACUGAUUUCUUCAUUUAGCAGGUCUGGGAGUAUGGUGUACACACACACACAUCUUUAUACUGCUUCUUUGAAGCUGAACACUGAAAUGUUUUUCAAAACAUGAAUAGGCCAUCCUAAAAAUGCUUUUGGAGAAAAGCCUCACUGUUUUGGUUGGGUAGAACUGCAUGUUAUCCACUAAUAGGAAUAGAAUAUUUGUAUAGUCUAAGCAGCACGAGAGCCAAUUUGUUAUGGUGGUUAAGGCCCCAGGCUACAAACUAGGUCUAGGAGAUAGUGAGUUCUAGUGCUGCCUUAGGCACAAACUGGGUGACCUUGGGCCAGUCCCUCUCUCUCAGCCUUGGGAAAGAGGCAAUUGCAAACCACUUCUGAAAUCUUGCCAAGAAAACUGCAGGGAGUCGUCCAGGCAGUUGCUAGGAACCAGCACUGGUUUGAAAGCAUGCAUAAGCAGUAUCAGCUGAAAUUGCAUCAUAUACCAAUUGUAAAAACACAAGAAUAUUGCUUAAAAUUUGGCUCAUUUUUUGCAACAACAUAGCCAUGCUAGUUCAGGCAGCAAUCAACACUAUCAAGAUGUAUAGCAUUUUAUUGUUUGCUGCGUUGGUUUUCCACAUGUGGGGAGAGUAGCAGUGGGGAAGCAGGAAGAGCUGAUGGAGGGGAAAGAGGCCCUGCAAAGGUUCAGUUGGCAAUUUCCUGAAAAAUAUUGUUGCCAACCUAGAAAAUCACUGGUAUUAAAUUAUGACCAAAAUUUUUAAACUUCUGAUCUCUUAUCUGGAGACUGCCAACUUUAGAAAAAGUUGAUGUAAGCUGUGGUGACAUCUAAAAACACAUGCAAACAUAACCUGUGUCAUUUAAAAAAAAUCCACCUCUUAAUAGUUGCAUGUCAGGUUUUUAUUAAAGGCAGGACUGGCAGAUGGUGAAAAGUGGAAAUCAUGGAUAGGCAUUAAUUAUAAUUAAAUGCUGCCCUGAUUGAAAAUGAUAUAAGCAGGGAUGAAAUGCCUCUGUUAGCUUAGGUUUUCCAUGAAGUGGGUCUAUUAUCUGAGCAUAUAAUAACUUUCUUUGAAAUAUACAGUAAAGGAGCUUCAUAGUAGAUGGGUUUACCACCAAAAUUAACUUGGCUACUGGAUUUCUCUGUUUUCAUGGUUGACAUACAUUGAAUCAUUUAGCUGGCUGGGUUCAUACAACGCACUGAAAAUGAGUUAAAACUCAGCUAUCUAAACUUAACAUGCAAUGUAAAUACAGCUGCUAGAUAUUUAGCUGACCGUGCUAAGUAUGCUCUCCCAAAGCAGUGGAUGUAAUACUAAAAUGUAUAGGCAGAAGUAAAUCCUGUAGAAUUUGACCUUUUGUAAUCCCAGCUAAGUGGGCAUAGAAUUGCAUUAAAAAAAGCCCAGCCUUUCGGCCCAGCAGAUGGCUUGAUAACAGCUUUUAUUUAUAGAGUAAAAAGUAGGUUGGAUAAAGAAAAGUGGGUACAGGUUUCAAAUAUACUUUGAGGGAGAAUUAACAUUCGUUCUGAUCUAGCUGCCUGUAAUGUUUCUAUGUCCCCCCCAAAAUAGGAAAGCUUGAUUUUCUUUCAUUAUAUUCCAUCAGGAACGCCUUCUGUUGCCUACAGUGGUAUCUCUGUGAAACAAAACUUGAAGUUAUUUGAGCAACUUUGAUGUGUAUCUUUAAAAAUAGAGAAAAAAACCCACUUACAAAAAUUGGUUUGUGGGAACACAAGGGAGAGAUCCAGUUACAUCAGGGGUGUCCAGCCUUGGCAACUUUUAAGAUCUGUGGACUUCGACUCCCCAAAAUCCCCAGUCAACCCACGUUGGCUAGGCAAUUCAGGGAGUUGAAGCCCACAAGUCUUUUUUUUUUUUUUUUACAAAUGUCGGCACAUAGCCCCCAACAAUCUGGAUCCUCAUUUUACCAACCUCGGAAGGAUGGAAGGCUGAGUCAACUUUGAGCCGAUGAGAAUCGAACUGCCGAACUGCUGGCAAUCUGGCAGUCAGCAGAAUUAGCUUGCAAUGCAGCAUUCUAACCACUUAUCAAAGCCCACAAGUCUUAAAGUUGUCAAGGGUGGGCAUCCUUGAUUUAUAUGGUUUGUUGUAUUUGUAUGGUUUGUUUAAGGCUCCAUCAUUUCUGAUGGAUAAUUACUCUGCUGGAAUGAAUGUAUGUUUUUUUUUUUUUUUAGCAUAGGCAUCCACUGGAAAGAAACAUAUCAUUUGUACCUAAAUAAAUAUAUUUUUCACUGUA